UCUGCGCAACUGCUGCAAAGUUGAAACCAGCGUGUGUGAAUGUGAACAUUAAUGACGCUUUACGGUAGUUUGUGAGGCUGCAGCAGCUCUGCUCCCCUGAAUGCUUCACCCUGCAGGGAUGAGCUCUGAGCUGUGCCCAUUCUGCGGGAAAACUUACAAGCGUCUGAAGAGUCACCUGCCACAUUGCAAGGCAGCGAAAAACUCCAAAACACCUCCAACAGAACAUGACGUCACGGUGAAUCGGACGUCAUCGUCUCCUCCGCUGGCUGCAGCCUUGUACGAACGAGCAGCGAAGUCCACGGAGACGUUGUCAGUAACGUUGAGUCAACAAUCAAAGAAGAGUAAGAAGAAGUCUGUGGUUUCAGCAGCAGCACAGACGUCGUCCGUGGAUUCUGCUUCACUUCCACCAGCAACCAAGAAGACGAAACAGAAGCUGUCCGAACAAAUCAAGUCAGCCAACGUUUCCCUCACCUCCUCCACAUCGCUACCUCCGUCUCCCGCCAUCUCUAAGCCCAAAAAGCAGAGUCUCCGUGCUCUGAGAGAAGCUGCAAAGUCCGAACAGGUUUCUCAGGGAACCUCAGACGAGCUGCCUUCAGGUCCGGCUACAUUUGUGGCAGAUCCUCUAAGUUCCAGAACCACAGCUGAGACAGAGACCAAAACUAAUCCAGACUCGGUAAAAGAUGAAGUCCUUCCUGCUUUUCUGUCCAAAUCUGCCUCUAAAAAGACGAAGAAGGCUGCACAAUCCGUUCCCACAACCAAAGAUUCCUCUGGCUCUCUGGACUCUAAAGCCAAUGAAAGUAGUGCGAACUUCUGGGUGGAGGACAACGGAGAAGUUGAGGAUCUAUCCGUGAAUAAGAUGCUCUUGAAAUCAGGAAACGGUCACCAGGGCAGGAUCACCCUUCAGAGUGUUAAAGCGACGCUAGGCCGAGCUAACGCUAACCGUCGGACUGGCAGGCCAAGCAUCCUGAGUCAGAUUGAAACUACUGAGAAUCUAAGUAGCAAAAUCAGUCAGAUUCCUCUCCUAAAAGGGUAUAAAGAAGAUGUGGGUCAGCUGCCCUGCACCAGUUCACAACAUGCAGAGAAACAAGGUUUGAUGUCCAAACAAGCAUCCGUAAGCCUUCUGCAGCAGCCUGAACUGACCUCCCCUGCAGCUCCGCUCCUUUCUGGCCAUCUAUCGUCUCAGGUGAGAAAGACCACGUCUCCUCCACAUACCGUCAGCAGGAACCAGGGUCAGAAGGUGUCCGGACUCCUCACAAUAUCACCAUCAUACGCAAAGUUUUCCAGACCUCUGCCAGAAGCGAGGGUGGAGACAUGGAGAGGUGGGGAUGUGUUGAGGUCGCCGCUCGAGGUCAGGAAUCAAAACACAGCUGAUGAAGGAACUAAAGGUGCUCAGACACAACGGAGUCUCGGACAGGUGAGACUGAGGGAGUUACCCGAGUGGCUGGCCUGCAAAACCCCCAGCCACCCAAAAGAUGUGGCGCAGAUGGUGCAGAGAGGCUGGCAGUGGUAUUACAAGAGGUACAUUGACGUGAAGAAAGGUGGUGCAGGUGGACUGUGCAUGUUGUUGGCAGGAUACUGUGUGCUCAGCUACAUCUGGAGUUACCCUCACAUAAAGCGUGAUCGCUGGAGGAAGUACCACUAAUGUCAAGGGAAAGAUGUUGGGACAAGCGAGCGUCUGUGUGAGGAAACAGCAGCUGUGACAGGGAGGCGUCGGGACUUAAAGGCAUCUAUUCAGUUAAUACCAUAUAUAAUGCAUCCAAACAUUUCGUUGAUGUAGCUCUCCGUUAGCCGACUCUGUUCUCAUUCACAACUAGAAAUAUUAAGCUAUAGCCAGCAGCUGGUUAGCUUAGCUUAGCAUAAAUACUAGAAACAGGGGGAAACAGCUAGCCUUGCUCUGUUAAAUGAUAACAAAAUCCAUCUACCAAAACCUUAUCUCUUAUUGUUUAAACCAUAUAAAAACUGACAUGACAGAAAUGUGCCUUUGGCUUUUAGACUAGCUUCUCCGUCUUAAUGCUAAACUAGGCUGUAGCUUUAUAUUAUGGACAGAUAUGAGAGGAUGGUAUUAUAUUAUGGACAGAUAUGAGAGGAUGGUAUUAUAUUAUGGACAGAUAUGAGAGGAUGGUAUUAUAUUAUGGACAGAUAUGAGAGGAUGGUAUCUAUCAUCCUAUUUAGCUCUUCACCAGAAAGUGAAUAAGCAAAUUUCCCACAAUGUUGAACUAUUCCUUUAAAAACUGGAAGAGUUAUAAUUCUGACACUUACAGUUUAACUCUCAACUGAUUUGAACCUGCAUAGGACAUCGGAGAUAAAAGCCUUCAUUAAAUAGCUUUUUUUAUUUAUUUAUUCACUUAUUUAUGUUUAUGUCAUAUUUAAACCUAUUCUGCUUUCUAUUUUAUUUCAGUUUGAGAAGGGAAAAUGCCCACAACAGAACUAAAAGUUAGUAUUUAUUGGGAUCAAAAGUGGCACACUGUGUACUUCCCUGGAGCUCCCCUAGGUGUCAUUGUUGUGUUGUGUUAGCAAAACCAAAUAAUGUCUGCUAUGCAUAGUUUUCUUAGCUUCUUUGUGCAGAGGCAUUGCUGCCGGGGUCAAUAAGAGGAUUAAAGAGAACCAAGAGAUUUUUAACUUGAUAAUAUAUUUACUCUGGCAGCCCAGAUGUAGCGGAACGUGAAAAUCAACUUCAGUUUGCGUGAAAAGAUAGUAUCUGUGUAGCAGAGUUGGUUUCAAAUCUGUUUUUCUUUUGCAAAUGCUUCCCCUGUCACAUGAUGUUAUUAUGCAUGCUCAGGCCGUCGGUGCCAGUAAGUGAACACUCAUAGAAUGGCAAUGGAGGGAGGCUUGAGGAGGUUCUCAUCUGGACUGGACCAGUUUGUUAUCGUAUUCAAAAUGAAUUUAUUGUUUACUCUCCUUGCUGCUGUAGUGAACACACAUUAGCUACAAAUGAAGAAAUAACAUUUUUUAAACGUUUUUUCUUGACUUCUUAGCCAACACAAUAAAAAAUAAUUUCCAUUUCCUUGUUC